CCAGACAUCGAUCCCUUAACUAACAUUCAAUUUCGCGUGUGAUACUAAAUUAUUUGCCGAAGAAAAAUAUUACAAAAAACUUCAAAUUUAUUAAGUUUAAUUUGUUCCAGAAGUUACACAAAUUUCUCCACCAGUGCACAGUUGGAAAAUACUAGAUGGACUUGCGGUAUUGGGAUUAGUAGCAUUUAUGUGGAUCGUUACGCAUCUAUUAAAUUUUGACCUUCGUGAAUGGCAUGCAAUAUAUAUGAUUCAAUUAGUUCUUAAUACAACAACACCACAUAAGCCAACAAGAAUAGAGGAAAGAAUUGUAUUUGCAGCAAUGAUGUGGGCUUGCUUUUUUCAUUCAACUUACAUAUAUAUGUCAUUCACUGAAUUUGGUCUUAAUAAUGAAGAAAAAUCUAAAUAUCAAUCAGUUCAAGAUGUAUUACAAUCUGGACUAGAGAUAAUAAUUGACAAUAAUUAUGCUGAUAUGUUGUAUAAUAAUUCUGAAGGUGACAUUAGAAAAUUAUUAAAUAAGGCCAUUAAAAUGAGAAUUACCGAAGAAGAAUGCAUAAAUCAAAUGAUAUUGAAUAAGAAUUUAUCUUGUGUUUCUCGAGAAGAUUAUGCACGGUAUUUUAUAAAUAGAUUUCAAGAUAAAUGUGGCAAAUCAAUAAUGAAAAUAUUAGAUGAAACUUUAUGGGUUUUUGUUAGUAGUAUAUAUAUGUCUCCAGGUUCACCAUAUGUAAAACGAUUUGAUACACUAAUACAAAGAUAUAUUGAAACUGGAAUGGGAAAAAAAUGGCAGCAAAUACCUUCAAAUUCUUCAGACGUUAUAAAUGAAGAAGAUUUCUGCACUUCAAAUAAAACAAAACAAGGUCAACAAUUAAAUAAUUUGCUUAUUAUUCUUGCUUUUGGAUACAUUACAUGUUCUACUGUAUUUGUUGCUGAACUAUUAAUGGUUGAAUUGUUAAAGAAAUUUAAAAAUAAUCGAUUUCUUUUGUUUGUAAGUAAAAUAUUUCAUUAG